UGCGAAAGUGGCCGAAAGCCGAAAGUCACUUCUCGGCCUCAUGGGCGAUGGGGCGCGUGUGUUGUGGCAGAGCCGCUGGCUGCUAGGCUUCUUCCUGUUUUCUCUGGGCUGCGCUGUGGGGCUGCGCCUGGAGCGUGCCUUGCGGGAGCGCCUGGCCUUUGCGGACCAUCCCGAUUUCCGGGAGCUCGCGCGGAAGAUCCCGAACUACGAUCAUGUGUGGUUUGCCUGGAAUCUGGUGGACACCAACACCUACGGCAGCUGGCUGCUCUCCCAGGAGCGGCGUUACCCGAUCAACCAGUUCGGGCUGCACAUCCUGGCGCGGAACACUUCCUGGCAGGCGCUCUGCGUCAUGGAUUCCGAUGGCGACGGACUGAGCAACGGGGAGGAGCUGGGGGACCCCUGCUGCCGCUGGGCCCCGAAGGCUUUGGGGGACUUCCAGGUGGACCAGAACUUCGAGUACAGGAGAAUCGAAACAUCCGCGCAGGCGCUGGAUGAUUUCGCACCCAGCCCACCCUACCGCACGGCGCCCGACUCAGCGGGAGAGUCGCGAGUCGUGGGCCCCUUGGCAGAGUGCGUGGACCAUGGCAAGCAUCCCAUGGGCUUGGCGCAGCCCGCUUUUGAGACUCUGCCCCUGCCGCCGAGUGAGGCAGUGGACUGGAAUUUGACCGCGCUGAUGAAGCUCAGCGCCUUUGCGGUCCUGGUGGUGCAGUUGGCCCUGUGGCUGGUCUAUGGCGGUUUGCUCGCGGACCUGACGCCCACGGCUGGCUCGCCGCUGUCCCUAGGCACGCGGGCUCUGCUUGUGGCGCUGUGCUUUGUGUACAUGGACUUCUGUUCUGGGGUCAUCCACUUGAUCCUGGACUACGCUCCCACCUUCUUGCCGGUGCUAGGAGGCCUCGCGGGGGGCUUCCGAUACCACCACGAGGACCCCACGGCCAUUCUGCGCAUCAGUUGGUUCGAGUACGCCUCUCACACCCAUUUGCUCUGUGCGGUGGUCCUGCUGGCCUUGAGGCUGGCGCCCAGCUCCAGGGGCUUGCGCUUCUUCUGGGUCUGGGGCAUCGUGUGGAGCCACGUGUUUCAGUCGGCGCACCGCUGGGCGCAUUGGCCCCCCGACGCGCUGCCGGGCCCCGUGCGGGCGCUGCAGACGGCCGGCCUCGUGCUGACCCAUAGCC